AUGAUUUUCAAAAUUCUCUUUGUAGCUUCGGCGUUUCUACUAUCGUUUUGUUAUUCCUUCAAAAAUUGCGGUUUUGGAACGCCGGACUUACCCGCUCCAAAAAACCCCGCCAGCAGUCCUACAAUACAGAAAGCAUUGUCUGAUCUCAAAUCAGCUAUUAAUGAUGGUAUCACGAGCGGAAAGUUUUCUUCAAACUCAACUUCUUUCUCAGUUGAGAUAUUUUCUACUCACAGCCAAACUCCGCUUUUUGAAUACUACCACACGGCGCCGAAUCUUGCAGCCUCCAAUGGGACAAAAAUAGUGGAUUCCAACAGUAUCUACAGGGUGGCAAGUGUAUCAAAACUCUUGUCUGUUUACACUUUUAUCAUUGAGACGGGAGAUAAACAUUUUCACGAACCUGUCACAAAAUAUAUCCCGGAGCUUGCGGCCGCCAGCCACGAGUACUCCGAUAGCAAGGCUGCUGAUGCUGUGGAUUGGAAAUCUAUUACAGUAGGGAACCUUGCUAGCCAUAUGUCUGGAAUUGGCCGUGAUUGUACGUACUAUUCAAUACCCGCGUUGUUAAGAAAAAGCAAUAACUUAAAUGCAGAUACUGCUGAUCUGUUGGGAAACACUGACCUGACCUCAUCUGGAUUUCCGCCGUUAAACGCAUCGGACUUCAAAUUGUGUGCACUACCGUCAGACUGUGAUAGAAAGAGUAAGAUUAUUUUUCAUUUUAGUUUUUGGAGUUGUAGGAGACAUCUCCAAUAUUGGAGAAUUUGAACAAACAAGUAUCGGGUUUUUCAUAUACAAGCUACAUACCGUUACAAGAAAUUAUGCUGACCCAGCAAUAGAAUUCUUCGAAAACAUAGUUAAGCGACAUCCAGUUUUUCCAACCUCGACCACGCCAAUAUAUAGUAAUAUUGCUUUCCAGAUUCUCGGCUAUGUGCUUGAAAAUAUCACUGGUAAAAGUUUUAAAGAGUCAUUGACCAGGUCGCUCAUUUUCAAAUUAAAGCUCAAUGGAACAACUUAUAAUAAACCAAAGGGUAACAAGAAUGGUGUAAUUCCCACGACAGGAUUUGAAACAAUGUGGGAUUUGGAUAGCCCGGAUUUUGUCCCGUAAGUUACUUACACUCAAAGUACAUAUAAUGUGUGAAAGCCUAACCAAAAUCUUUAUCAGUGCAGGCGGUAUAUACUCCAGCUCAGGAGACCUCGCUAAAAUCGGCCGUUCCAUUCUUUCAUCCUCCAUCUUGACCCCCACUCAAACAAGAAGAUGGAUGAAACCAGUAUCACACACUGCACUACUCCAAUUCUCUGUCGGAAUGCCAUGGGAGAUUGGACGCUUACAACUUCCUGCGCCUCAAAACAAAAUAAUAGACGUAUACAAAAAGCUGGGACUCCUGGGCUCUUACAGUACAGAUUUCUCAUUAAUUCCAGGUUGGGAUAUGGGAUAUGUAAUUCUGCACGCAGAUGAUCCCACACGACCAACUGGUGUCAGCAGCGCCAUCGGGGAGCUCAUCAAUACCAUUUUACUUCCAGCUGUCGAGGGAGCAGCCCGAGAAGAAGUGAAUGCAAAAUAUACAGGCACCUAUAAAUCCUCCAAUCCAAAACUCAACUCCUCCAUGAUCGUUGUCACGAAUCCAGAUAACCUCGGCCUAAGUGUAAUGUCUUUGUUCAGUAAUAGCACAGAUAUGGUGAACACUGCUGCUGCUCUACUCGGCAAUAUACCUUCUUCAGACGUUCUCAUCACGCUAUAUCCAACCGGACUGGAAAAAGAAAUUCCGGGUUCGUAUGGAGAGACACUGCAGACUUUCAGGGCAGUCUUUGAAAAUAAGGCAACCGUGAAUCCGGAAUCCAGUUUCGGUAAUUGCAAUAGUUGGGAAUCAGCGGAUUCGCCUGUGUACGGGGUUGUUGCCGUGGAUGAGUUUGCGUUCCUGGUUGGGAGCGAUGGAAAGGCGAAGAGUGCUGAGGUUAGGAGUUUGAGGGCUGUUUUAGAGAAGGUUCAAUGA